UGUAGUGCUGUAGUGCUGUACUGCUGUCUGCUGUGCGAAUAUACAGUAAUUAAUAACAUGGCAAUUUGUGUGUGUUUGUGCCUAGUGUGACCGCACGACCACGACGCGACGGCUGAGCACGUGCAGCGUGGGUUAAGAAUUAAGAAUUUCGUUAAUUUUUUUAUCGAAUAUCCACACUCACAACAGUCACAACUCACCACUCGGCACUCACCGUCUCACCGGUCAUUACCAGUUCGUCAUGAUGUUUCGUUACCAAGGUGGCGCAUUAGUCAAAUGUAAAAAUCCUGUCGUCGUAGCCAUUGGAAUUCGGUUUCAAUCUUCCUAGAUCAUCAUAACUCUACGACAUGUGUGAUAAACUGAAUACUAUGAAAAAUAAAUGUUGGGACGCCUAUAUUUCAUAUUUUUAUUCAUUUAAGAACUUUUAUAUACAAAACAAAAAUGAUCAACAAGCUAUUCAAGAUAUAACAACAAGUCUUCAACUUCUUGAAAAUGAAGAUUCAAUGUCUGUUUCUAUGAAGCCUGGAGAUCUAGUAGCUGCUAAAUAUGAAAAUGAUGGUCUUUGGUAUAGAGCUAAAAUUUUAAAUAUUGAGGAAAAUGCUUUUACAGUUCAAUUUAUUGAUUAUGGUAAUUCAGAGUUAUCAUCAAAUCUUAAAAUACUACCUGAAAAAAUAGCUUGUUACCGUGCAAUGGCAUAUCAUUGCAUGCUUGAUGAUGUGGAACAUGAAGAAUAUGUAAUCUUAACUGUAAAUGAUAUAUAUAGUAUAAUUUUUGACUUUUUAGGAUCUAUUGAAGUAAUUGUAACUUUUUUAAGUCAUGAAGAAACCUAUUUGGUGAAUAUGAAGUGGGAUGAUAGAUGUAUAAAAACAUUAGUAAAUAACAUUAUUUCAUAUGGAAUUACUCCAAAGACAUAUGAAACCUUGAAAGAAAUUGAUCAGUCUGGUGCAAAGAUGGCUGUGAAUCUUAUUUAUGCUGAGUCAAUAAAUGAAUUCUAUGUAGAAACUGAAGAUAGUAAAGAAAUAAAAAAUAAAAUUGAACAUAUACUUGAAAAUGAAACUGUUUGGGAACCAUUAACUGAGUAUAAAAUUGGUAAAAUGGCAAUUGCAAAAAGUAUAACUGACAGUAGAUGGUACAGAGUAAGGAUUUUAAUGAUACAUAAAGAAGGUGAAUGUACUUGUUAUUUCAUAGAUUAUGGAGUUCAAGACAAAUGUUCAGAAUUUUAUGAAGCAGUUGGUUAUCUAAAAUCGGCUCCUCCAUUUAUUAAACUAUGUUCAUUACAUAUUCCAAAUAUGAAAAAAAAUGAAAAGCUGUUUGAGUGUUUAUCAAAAAGUUUUACGAAUGAAAUGGAACAAUGCAAAAAUAAAAAGAUGACAAUGACUGUAGUAAAAACUGGUGAACCAAUUGUAGUUGAACUCUUUGUUGAUGAUUUUAAUGUGGCCAAACUAAUCAAACCUAUUCCAGUGAUAGUAUUUAAUGUUAUUCAUUUGAAUAUAUUAACAGUUCAAGUAAAUUCUCCUAGUAGACAAGCUGUAAUAACUGAAUUAAGUACAAUUAAAACUUUAAAUCCUGUUGAAAGACCAAAAUAUUGUAAGAUGUAUGGAGCUUUAGUGAACGAUCACUGGUAUCGUGCAGAGCUAAAAAAUAAGUUUAAAAGUUCAAUGGAUAUAAUGUUGGUGGAUAUGGGAAGUACUGUGAUAAAUGUAGAAAAUGUAUAUGAGCUUCCUAAACACUUAGAAAAUGUUAAAUACUUGACUUUACGCUGUACCCUUGGAUUGGAUCAGAAAUAUUUCAGUGUAUAUAAACUGAAACAAAUAUGUAAUAGUAAAACAGAAUUUAUGAUGAUAGUAUUCGAAAACAAUAACGUUGAUGGACAUCUUAUACGUUUAUUUUUGAAUGAUGAAGAUGUUACUACAAUUAUAAAGAAAGAUUGAAUAAAUAAUCGUUAUGUUAUGUAUUUCUAAUUGCAAUUUUUUAUUCCUAAACAUUAAUUUUAA